CUUGCCUCGAUCGUUGCAUUCUUAUUGAUCCGGGGGAUUGCAUUUCCUGGCUCUUCCUGAUUCUUCCUUGUCCCCUGGUUCCCUCCCCUCCUUUGUUCACCGCCCCUUAUGUUCUCCGGGUCCCUCUUCCCCCACUGGCGGCGUAAGGCCGCCGAGCGGUCCAGUAACAGCUCGUAUGAGGUGCCAUUCUACUUGAAUGCGGCAUACUAUCCGAAUUGGAGAAUCUACCGUCAACAGGCUCCUUCCUCGCUCAGACUGGGAUUCGUCUCGCAUGUCUUCUACGCGUUUGCUUGGGUCAAAGAAGACGGCACGGUCUAUUUGAGUGAUGAAUGGGCGGAUGUGCAGAUGCCGGUUGACGGCACGCAAGGCUGUCUCCGGGCGUUCACGCAACUGAAGUCGCAGUAUCCCAAGCUAAAAGUUGUCCUGUCCGUUGGGGGAGGAGGCAAAGGAAGCGACACUUUCGCCGGCGUGGCCCGCAGCCAAGCCGGCGUGGAGACCUUUGCCCGGACGGCCAGGCAGUUGGUGGACCAGUUCGGUCUGGAUGGCAUCGACGUUGAUUGGGAGCACCCGGCGGACCCCCAGCAGGGAUUCGAUUACGUGCGUCUGCUGGCGCGACUCAGGGAGGCAUUGCCUGCGCCGCGAUACGUACUGGCAACCUGUCUCCCCGCGGGACAAUGGGCUCUCCGGAAUAUCGACUUGUCCAAGGCGCAGAUGUAUCUGGACCUGAUCAACCUCAUGACCUAUGACUUUUCUGGGCCGUGGACGAACGAGACAGGCCACCAAGCCCAACUCUACGGCCGCUCCCCGGGAGCGGUUUCAUGCCAUUCCGCCGUGUCUUAUGUCCUGUCUCAAGGAGUCGAUCCGAAGAAGCUUCUGCUUGGGAUUCCUGCCUAUGGCCGGUCUUUCCUUGACAGUAGCAAACCGGGGCAGCGAUACGCCGGCUGCGGUGGGGAGGAUGGAGUAUUCGACUACAACGCCUUGCCUCGGCCGGGAGCUAAAGAGCACCACGAUGACAAACUUGGGGCGGCGUAUUGCUCCGGAGGGGAUGGCGGUUUCGUGACUUAUGACACACCGCGCACGGUGCAACAAAAAGCGAAAUUUGUCACGAAAUCCAAGCUGGGAGGAUUGUUUUAUUGGCACAUCGGAGGAGAUGCUCAGGGCUCCCGAAGUCUGAUUGAAACCGGGUAUAACACGCUCCACGAUAUGUAAACGACCCCGAGGAGCCAUGGAGAAGAACAUUCUUAUGCAGAAAACGCAGAAACAACCCCCGAAGAAGGGGAGGGACGAAAUUGGAGGCUAGUGUUUGAGUAACCGUUUAGGGUAUCCCAGUAUCAAAUGAAAGAAUG